AUGAUUUUGGUUGAUUAAUGCUACGUUUGUUAGUGAUUCCAAAUAACUCCGUAUUAAUUGUACUGGAUUGUAUUUUUUAGAAAAACAAUCCAAUUUUAGUACUUGAAUGAGCAAGUCCUUGAAUAUUUUUGAAAAAAGUAAAUGAACUAUGUUUGGAUGGUGUGAGAGAACUCACAAAAUACUUUGGUUUUUAAAAAGAAAUCUGUAUAGGGUUAUAUGAAAAUGGAUCAUAUUGUUAAGAUGUGAGAAAUGAGGGUUGAGAGAUCUCCUGACAGCAUUGGAGUCCUCUGGCUGGUAGCAGACUUUCACAAACCUGAAUGAAUGAAGCGAGGUUUGUGACAAAAAAUGGGUUUAUUACACUAAGAAAACAACUUUCUCAGGGGGCAAAAUCCUCUUUGGAUUUUUUGCAAAGGUUUGGGUCCACAGUCUUUGAUUAUAUUGAAUUUUUGUUGCCCUGAGCCAGGAGCAAUUUGAGGAACUAAUUUUCAACUCAAUAGAGGUUGGUGAUUAUGCCCCUGGCCAAGAUCUCCAAUUGAAUCUUAGGAGGAUAUGGAUAUUAUUUAUCUGGGAGUUUCCCCUGUGAACAGGAGGGUGGGGUCCCUCCCAGAAAGGUAGGAGAUUUCUAACCCAGGACCACCCUUCCUCCCAAUCUCAGUUUACAUCAAUAUCAAAUAAUGUUGCAACAUUAAUGAGAUUGAUGACUGUGGGAAUCUAGAUUAAUGAAAUUCAUAUGGUGCAAUAUUGAUGUUUCUGAAAUAUGAUGGUAAAAAUGGCUCUCCUUGGAGUUAGGAAAACCUAGGCUCAAGUGUUACAUCUGAUAUAAAAUUGUAUGAUGCUGGACCAGUGAGGAUUUUCAGUAAAUUCCUAGGUAACUCUAUGCCUUUAAACUCCAGUAAAGUAAUUCACAAAAGGCAAUUUUUCACAUUGUGGGAAGCUAACAAAAACAUGAAACAUGGAAAACAUUUUUUGGAGAAUUUAUGUCAAGUUUUCUGUGAUGCUAUUCAGCUAAGCAUAUUUACAGCGAUGCGUGUUUACAAUCCCUGUUUUUCCUGAGGAGGCUAUAUGGGGAAUUUCUGGAACUUGGGACUGUUGAGCUGCAAGAGGGAUAAAGCUGAUCCGGUAUCUGUCUGAAGUCCAAACUAUCAUGAUAAGCCUCUGGGAGCUUUAUGCCUCUAGGCAUCUAGGGAGAACAAGGUCAGGUCAGAACUGAAGCAGAUCAGAACUUCCUUGUUGAACAUUGCAGUGGAAUUCACUAAUGUUCCAGCCUGGGUGAACUAGGGACUUUAAAUCUCUGCCUUCUUCCCAUCCCCCUCAAAUAAUACUAUUUUGUAUAUCAUUAACACUAGUUACUCUGGUUUUUUAAUUUAGCUUCCUUCCCACUCCACUUCAGAACUUCUAUCUGGGAAAGUUUUUGUUUUUGACUUGUUCCAACGGGGCAGUCUGAGUGGGCUGAAGUAUUUCUGUGGCUGUUUAGCUGGGAAAAGCAAUGAGAAGAUGCAUUAUUCAGUUAGAGUUUAAAUAAUGUACCAGUGCUGUGUAUUGUGUGUCCUUUUAGGUCUUCUGUAUCUUGUCAGAGGCCAUGGACUUUUUACAUAAUCUGUUGAUAAAAUGUUUUCUGCUUCUCCACUCCUCCCUUUUCCCCUGUGAAACUUUUAUGCAUUUUGGGAGUCUACCAACUUUCCCAUCUUUUUUCCAUAUGCUUAUCUUUGUCACACAUCCACCUUGUCUCCUGCUGGAGCUUAGAAGGAGGCUCUUCUAAUGAAGUUAAAAAAAUGGUGUGAUGUUCUCCCCCCUCCCCCCACCAGUCCUUGAGCUCUUCACAUGACUCAAGUUAAGCCUAUUGGUUUCUUUUGCAAAGCUCCAUUGUUCCUCAACAAAUGCAAAUAUCCCACUGAUUUAUUCCUCAGUUCAACUCCAGAUGAGCUUCUUUUCAUGGUUUUGUCUUACUUUCGGUCAGGCUCCAGGCAUGGAGGAGCUGGUAUGGGAGCAGUAUACUGUGACACUGCAAAAGGAUUCCAAAAGGGGAUUUGGUAUCGCUGUAUCUGGGGGAAGGGACAACCCUCACUUUGAAAAUGGUGAAACUUCGAUUGUCAUCUCAGAUGUACUUCCAGGUGGGCCUGCAGAUGGACUACUUCAAGAAAAUGACAGAGUGGUUAUGGUUAAUGGCACCCCAAUGGAGGAUGUACCCCAUUCAUUUGCUGUUCAACAAUUGAGAAAAAGUGGGAAGAUAGCUGCUAUUGUUGUCAAAAGACCCCGAAAAGUACAGCUUGCUCCUCUAAGGGGCAGCCCUUCUAUGGAUCCAGAUGAACGGGCUUUCCAUGUAAUGGAUGAUCAGGCAGAGUUCGAUGGCAGAAGUGCCCGCAGUGGAUACAGUGAGAGAAGCUGGCACAGUGACAAUGGAGAACGUAGCCGCAGUUGGGAAAAUAGCCCUGAAAGAUUUCCUCAUGACCAAUGUGGUGGCCGAGAAAGGAGCUACAGCCGUGAACGGAGUCGGGGCCGCAGUCUAGAGAGGGGUUUAGAUCAGGACUAUAGGAGAGACCAGAGCCGAGGCCGACCUAUUAAUCGAGAUGUUGGUUAUGACCAUGGUUAUCGAAGGAAUUACAGUCCAUCUGGAGAAUGUAACCAGAGACAUCCAGCUAAUGUUAGAUAUGAGAUGAAGAAGAGCCACAGUCGAGAUCAACUGCAUUCCCGAAGUCCCACUCCUGAGAUACAUCAGCCAGAUCACAUGGAGCAGCAUGACAUAGAAAGACCCAUUGAUGUUCUUUUGACAAAAAGUAAAUCCAGUGAAGAAUAUGGACUCAGACUUGGGAGUCAGAUUUUCAUAAAAGAAAUGACUAGAACUGGUCUUGCAACUAAGGAUGGCAAUCUUCAUGAAGGAGACAUAAUUCUUAAAAUCAAUGGCACUGUAACAGAAAAUAUGUCUUUAGCUGAUGCCCGAAAACUGAUAGAGAAAUCAAGAGGGAAACUCCAGUUAGUAGUCUUGAGAGACAGCAAGCAGACUCUAAUCAAUAUACCUUCAUUACAUGACAGUGACUCAGAAAUUGAAGAUAUUUCAGAAAUAGAAUCAAACCAAUCAUUUUCUCCAGAUGAGAAAAGGAUCCAUUCUUCUGAUUUUGAUUAUAAUUCCUCAAAUGAAAAGCUGAAAGAAAGAACAAAAGAGGAUACAUCAAAUAGACUUUCCAAAAUGGGAGCAACACCCACGCCAUUUAAACCCACUAGUGAUAUUCCUAUUGUUCCAGAAAACAAUAAGGAACCCAAAUACCAAGAAGAUUUCCUUGUUUCUCAUCCUAAAGCAGCAUCAAGAACUUUUCUUCGGCCGAGUUCUGAAGAUGAAGCAAUAUAUGGCCCAAACACUAAAAUGGUGAAAUUCAAGAAAGGAGAUAGUGUAGGCCUUCGACUGGCUGGUGGAAAUGAUGUUGGCAUAUUUGUUGCCGGCAUUCAAGAAGGAACUUCAGCAGAACAAGAGGGUUUACAAGAAGGGGACCAAAUUUUGAAGGUGAACUCUCAGGAUUUCAGAGGCCUGGUUAGAGAAGAUGCAGUUCUCUGCCUAUUAGAAAUCCCCAAAGGUGAAAUGGUGACUCUUUUAGUUCAGAGCAGAGCAGAUGUAUAUAGGGACAUUCUGGCCUGUGGCAGAGGGGACUCGUUUUUCAUCAGGAGCCACUUUGAAUGUGAGAAAGAAUCACCUCAAAGCUUAGCAUUCACAAGAGGGGAGAUUUUCAGAGUAGUAGAUACGCUGUAUGAUGGCAAGCUGGGUAACUGGCUAGCUGUGAGAAUCGGAAAUGAACUGGAAAAAGGCCUAAUUCCAAAUAAAAGCAGGGCAGAACAAAUGGCCAGUGUACAGAAUGCUCAGAGGGACAACUCUGGAGACAGGGCAGAUUUCUGGAGAAUGCGUGGUCAGAGAUCUGGAAUUAAAAAGAAUCUGAGAAAAAGUCGAGAAGACUUAACUGCUAUAGUAUCUGUUAGCACCAAAUUCCCAGCUUAUGAAAGGGUUCUACUUCGAGAGGCUGGUUUCAAGAGGCCUGUGGUCUUGUUUGGACCCAUAGCUGAUAUAGCCAUGGAGAAAUUAGCCAAUGAAUUGCCUGGUGUGUUUCAAACUGCCAAGACAGAACCAAAAGAUGCAGGAUCCGAGAAGUCCAGUGGAGUUGUGCGAUUGAAUACUGUAAGACAGAUUAUUGAACAGGAUAAGCAUGCACUUCUGGAUGUGACCCCUAAAGCCGUGGAUUUGUUAAACUAUACCCAAUGGUUCCCCAUUGUGAUCUUCUUCAACCCAGACUCUAGACAGGGAGUAAAAGCAAUGAGACAAAGGUUGAAUCCUACAUCUAAUAAGAGUUCUCGGAAGCUAUAUGAUCAAGCCAAUAAACUAAAAAAGACUUGUGCUCAUCUUUUUACAGGUACAGUCAGUCUCAAUUCAGCUAAUGACAGCUGGUUUGGCAGCUUAAAAGAUUUAAUUCAACAGCAGCAAGGAGAAGCAGUUUGGGUAUCAGAAGGAAAGUUGGAAGGGAUGGAUGAUGACAUGGAUGACCGAAUGUCCUACUUAACUGCUAUGGGUGCUGACUAUCUGAGCUGUGACAGCCGCUUGAUCAGCGACUUUGAAGAUACAGAUGGAGAGGGAGGGGCAUAUACUGAUAAUGAACUUGAUGAACCAACAGAGGAGCCUCAAGUUUCUUCAAUUACCCGUUCAUCUGAACCAGUGCAACAUGAAGAGAGCAUAAGGAAACCUAGCCCAGAGCCAAGAGGUCAGAUAAGAAGGGCUGCUAGUAGAGACCAACUUAGGGAUAAUAGCCCACCUCCAGCAUUCAAGCCUGAGCCACCAAAGGCCAAACUCCAAAACAAAGAUGAAUCCUUUGACAUAUUUAAGUCCCAUGAAUACAAGACCAACAACUCUGUUACUACCAAUAAUGAAAUUCCCGGGGCAGCCACUAAAACAUAUGCUCCACCUGUUCCUCUAAAACCUGCCUUUGGACGUUCUAUAUUGAAGCCAUCUAUUUUCCCAUCCCAAGAAAAGGAGGAGGAUGAAGGAAAUGGGGAAGAAACAGACAAUACUCCAAAGUCAGUUCUGGGCAAAGUUAAAAUAUUUGAGAAGAUGGAUCAUAAGGCAAGGAUACAGAGAAUGCAAGAACUUCAAGAAGCACAGAAUGCAAGGCUUGAAAUUGCUCAGAAGCAUCCUGAUAUCUAUGCUGUCCCCAUGAAAGCACCAAAACCAGACCCCAGCUCAUCCCAGGUCACAAGUUCUAGACCUCCUGAACCUCAGAAACUACCUUCCAGACCAUACCAGGAUUCUAGGGGAAGUUACAACAGUGACAUUGAAGAAGAAGAAUACCGCCAGCAGCUGUCAGAACAUUCCAAGCGUGGAUAUUAUGGACAACCAGCCAGAUACCGAGAUACUGAACUAUAAAUUUGACUGCAUUCUGGGUGUUCCCUACCACCACAUCAAAAUAGCAUUCCUAGUAAAUUAUAUGAUGGCAGCUUUUCAGUUAAAACAGACUUUGAAGAUCCGAUGGGGCUUAACAUUAUAUUUUUGGGGGAAUGGGGUGGGGGGAAGUCUAUAGUUUGGGACAAAUCUCACACUGGAACUAGAACACAUCAUUUUUGUGAAGGGGUUGGGUUUUAUCGUUAGUUCAAUAUUAAAUGAAACACUACAGUCUCAGUACUGUUUCUUGUUUCAUGUGGACCAAAAGCUAUUUCAAGAGGUGUAUGUAUUUUUUUUUCAUGUUUUCAUAUUUGUAUUAAAAUGUUAACUAUUUUUCUUCAUUACAGCUGCCUUUAGGACAUUGUACCAGUCUAGGCAGAAAUGUAAAAAACGGAAUAAGAAUACUUGGAUUAAAUUAAGUUCAAAGAAGUAUUUUAUUACUGCUCUCAAAGUGCCUUUAUCAAGAAAUAUCUUAAAUUUUCUUCCUCCAAUAAUUAUGCAAAGCCAUAAUGGACUAAAAAGUAUUUUAACUAAUUUUGUACUUAUUCGUAGCUAGAGCUUUUCCUACAUGGCAUCUCAUUGCCAAGCUUUUUGACUGUGUAAUAUUUUCCCCAAGUUCUGGUUCUUAUGCAUGUAUAUAAUUUACAUAUACAUACAUAUUGCUGAGAAGUCUGAAGACCAGAAAUAUGAUGUAGAAAUUCAGUGCAUUAUGGUUUUUAACUUUGUAUUCCACAGAAUCAAAUAAAUAUUGAAAAGCACUCUCUGUUGUGCUUUGUUAAAUAUGUUUAUAAAUGUGUGUAUAUGUACAUAUAUAUAUACACAUAUGUGUUGAUAAUGAAAUCUGUAUGUGUUUUAAUUGAAUAAAAAGCAAUACAGU